AUGGCGCACAAUGAUUUACCAUAUCAAUUUAAGAAAGGCAUAAACAAUCAGCUUCAAACAGUAAACUUGAAUGAGCGACCUCCAUGGAAUCCUACACAUACUGAUAUCCCAAGACUUAGGGAUGGAUUAGUCGGGGCUCAGUUUUGGGCUGCUUAUACAUCGUGUGAUUCCCAGUACAACGAUGCUCUAAUGCAUAUUCUUGACCAGAUUGACGUCAUCAAAAGAAUGGUUCAAACGUACCCUGAAACAUUUGAUUUUGUCACAACGGCGGAAGGAAUCAGAGAUUCACAUGAAAAUGGGAAGAUUGCAUCUCUAAUUGGAGUCGAAGGGGGUCAUAAUAUUGAUAGCAGCAUGGCUUCACUGCGCAUGCUCUAUGAACUUGGAGUACGGUAUAUGACCGUCACACAUAGCUGCAAUACACCCUGGGCUGAUAACUGGUUGAUGGAUGAGGAGACAACUCCAGAACACAACGGACUUACUGACUUUGGCAAGGAUGUUAUUAGAGAGAUGAAUCGUCUUGGUAUGCUUAUUGAUCUCUCUCACGUCUCGGUGAAGACAAUGAUUGAUGUCCUCGACAUCGUCACGGCACCAGUCAUGUUCAGCCAUACUUCGGCAUACGAACUCUGUAACCACUACCGAAACGCGCCAAAUAGCAUUCUUACUCGGGUGAAAGAAAAUGGAGGAGUGGUUAUGGUGAACUUCUACACCAAGUACAUCAACUGCCCACCCCAAAAUGUUACUGCAGAUGAUGGCUAUGCUACACUUGUCCAAGUAGCAGAUCACAUGGAUCAUAUAAAACUAAUCUGUGGCUGGGAGUGCGUUGGGUUUGGAAGUGACUAUGACGGUGUUGGCACUGUCCCUGAAGGAUUGGAAGACGUCUCGAAGUUCCCUGACCUGGUUGCAGAACUCAUUGAUAGAGGGUGGUCAGAAGAAGAAGUGAAGGGCGCUCUCGGAAACAAUCUACUUCGAGUAUUCGAUGCAGUGGAGAAGGAGGUGAGUUCGAUUUACUCAGGGUUGAAAAAAAAUAUAAAUGGAAGAGAUGCGUUGGCAGCAGACACCUUGCCUUACGAGAACACUAUGCCAAGGGAUAGCGGGGAGGAGGUGAACAACACAUGUCGUACCUAUGUCUUUAACCCAUAA